GUCACCCGGGCUUAAGCUGCAUUUGACAGCUGCGUUUGACAGAUUCAACCGUUUGGCUUAAAAGUUCUUCCGCGUCACGAACUGGUCCCGCAUUGAAUUACGCCUAAUUUUUGCGCUCGCAUAUAAAGUGAAUUGCCCCGGAAGGGAAAUCUCAACCUAUUGAUAAUUACAAACUGUGUGAAAAUGUCAUAUACGUAGAGAUAAGUUUAUCUCGCAUGUGUGAUAAAACAAACGCGCACAAGAAACCCAAUCCAAAAUGCAGCGAGUGAUGUUAAACCAAACUAGCGUCCCCUUGUCACCCAAGCAAAAACGGCUUUCCGUGGGUUUCGGAGCAAAUGCAUCGGUGCAGAUUCAUAAAACCGCCACACCAACCAGCAUGCAGCAAAAGCCAGUAUCGAUCAGCAGUGCUGCUUCCAGCACGUAUGACGAUGCAACAACUCCCGGCAGAAGAAAGAGCCUUCACGAAGCACUUUUGAUGCGUCUCCUAUCGACACCAAGCGAUGAGCCAUUGUUUGGACAGCCAUCAUCCGACGGACCGGAAUCACAGCGCACGGCAGACGAUUCCUUCGAUAGCUGCCUGUCGGGCAGAAGUUCACCUAUCGAGCUGAACCAAACCCCGGAUGCUAUGCGAUGCUUCACGCCGCCAGGAGCAGAAUCGGCUGUUCCACCCAAUCGUCGUAUGCAGCUGCUGAUGCGUGAUUUUAACAGUCCUUCGGCGACGGCAAGGUUGCGUGCGGUGCGUGCUUUAAAUUCGGUUUCCAAGCGCAACGCGUACGGUAACUUUGAUAUAUCGUACGCCGAGCAGGACAUCAUCACGGCCGAGGAACGGCUUGCGCAGGAAAAGUGCACGAUUCAGGAUGUUAUGCAAAACGUUUGCGUGUACGUAGAGGUGCGCUCUGGUACGGACAAUCGUUCGGAAGGGAUAAAGGAACAUAUUGCGUCACUAGGCGCGAAAGUCAACGAGCGAUUAUUAAGAGAUACUACGCACGUCAUCUUCAAGGAUGGAUUGCUUUCUACAUAUCAAAAGGCAAAAAAAAUGGACAUCCCGAUCGUAUCGAUACUGUGGAUAGAGGCUUGUAAGCGGCACACAUGCCUGAUGAACCCGAACGACUUCAAAAUAUCCAAUCUGGAACGAUACGAAAAUCCCGAUCUUUUCAAACGUAUUCGGCGUCAAAAAUCGAUGCAACCAGGUGCCGAGGAAGCAACGAAGAAGCGUCCAAAUGUCGCCACAAAGACAAAGGGGCCCGCUCAUGUGCUAUCACCACCGUCGAAGUUGCCCGUUCUUCAUCGAAUUCGUAACGACGAUCGGCUGGAGCGCAUACUGAACGAUUUCGAGGCCGAAAAUCAAAUGACCACCUCUGCCGAAGGACCGAUCGAUGAGUACGAUCAACUUCUUCAGGCGGCACCGAUGCGUAUCCUGGAACGGUUUCGAUCUACUCCAACUCCCAUGGAUCGGGAAGAGAAUAAUGCGGAGGAUUGUACGACACCAACCACCACAAGUUCGACUAAAGAUGAAACGCCACAAAUAACGAAUGAAAUUCCACCACGACGUGCAUUGUUCGGUGGAUCUGGGUCAAAGUCUACCACACCAAGAUCGCGACGUAAAACCGUCAUGUUUACUCCGCAAAUGACGAACGUCAUCGAGGAGCCAACAGCCGGUUGUAACAGCCCGAAUGUGGUUGAUGUAACACCCAAACAAACAGUGCUUAGAAAUCGCCGUAAAACAAUCGUUCUAACAGCAAACAAGGAUGCAUCCACAGGCGUGCCAGAAAAGUCAUCUCACGAUUCGAAUCGCCGUAAAAGCAUCGUACCCGUUACUGAAUCAACUGUUACUACGAGCAGAACCAUUCGUACGCGUCGCAGCACAAUGAUCUCGAACGAGGUUGAAGUAGAAAAUGAUUCUUCUCUGAAAAACCCAUCUAGUCUAUACGAGAAGAAAGAUCUCAACCAGCUGGAAGAAACAGUGCCAGCGAAGAUUGCAUCAAACAAAAUGAUUACUGCUUCCCACACCCCAGUAACCAUCUCAACGGUGAACAAACGUUCUCGUCGGAAGACGAUUGCUUUCGGAAAUGAAGAAAAUACGCCACCCUUAGCGGCCAUUUCGAUGGAUUUAACAAAGACUGCUUCUAAGACACGCAUGAUUACGAUGCGCGACACUAUCUGUUCGCCGAAAGAUAUGGAAAUGGCGAGCAUGGUUGGCCCAUCGAAUAAACCCAGCGCGCUGGAUGUAACGAAAAUAAGUAGUAACGGAAUGGCAAUAAGCAUUUCGUCGGAAGAAGGUAGUCGUUCCAAUCCAAGCGACCCCGCCGAGAAGCGUAAUCGUCGUCGGACGCUUUUUAUCCCUUCCGUCGAGAGUGCAAUGGACGGAAUGGCUGCCGUUCAAAACGAAACAGUACGAUCCUCGGUGGGAUUAUCCACUACAGAUAGACGUGGGACGAUGCUCUUUACGCCAAGAAACUCCACCCCGAUGGAACCACUGGAAGUGAGCGAAACACCACCAGCGGAACCAUCGCAAUCUCGUCUGACAAAUGCCGAUGGCAGUAGUAUCGUAAACCGACCAAAUCCUACCUCCAGUUCUACGCCACUAUCUGCGACGACAGCUGUUGAACCAGAGUCCGCUUUAGGUGGUCGAAAGACGCUUCUCGAGCAGUACAACGACUCACUGCUCUUCAGUUCAACUCGUGCCCCCGAUCGGCGACGUCGUACCGUUUUUGACAUCACGAUGGAUAUUAUGGGUCACCGGCUGUCGGAGAUCAAUCGACAAGUAGCAGUAGCAAAAGCAUCAACAAAACCGUCUGAACGCGAUGAAAUAUCUCUCCCCGGAGAGGCUAAUUCGCCGACCAACGUAGCUCCGGUUUUAACAUCUCCUACACCAGUGCCACAACAAACCUCCCUCGAUGCGUACUACCGCAAGGCGUCCAAAUCGUGUGAAAAAUCAUCGCAACAUGUGGCGCCAACGACUUCCGAAGCACCACGGAAGCGAAAACUGUUCAACAUCCAAACGUCCGAAGAGGAAGUGAUGGCCGUUCGUAGAUCACCGGCCACAGCAACCAUCAAACCAACGUCUAAACGACGAUCAUUAGCUGCCGGUGCAAUUGGUACGAAAAAUCCAACCACAACUACUGCGAACAAAAAUCAAAGGCGCACCACAGCACUGUUCGCGUCACCGAUCGAUCCCACCCAACCACGCCCGGCUGCGAAAGAAGAUCAGAGAAAAAAUCUUUUCCCCAUCGGACGCGGCUUACCAACGAUGGCAUCACAGCAAGCAUCGGCUCAAAUGCCGCGACAAUAUUUGGCCACCACUAAUCUGCACACCGAGCAAAGCACGUUCGUUCAGGAGGCAAUCGCAAGUCUCGAUGGAUUCAUCAUAGAGGCGAACGUCACCGACAACACCACACAUCUGGUAACGCUCGAGUCACGCCGCACCGUAAAUCUGCUCCGUGCGCUUAUACGAGGCCUCUGGAUCGUGCGCUACGAAUGGAUCGUUGAGUCGUAUCAUGCGGGUCGCUGGCUACCGGAAGAACGGUUUGAAUUGCGCGAAUUUUCCCGCGCAGUGCAGCUUAAUCGUAGCGAAAGGCAAGCGUUCGGUAGUCAGUACCGGAAUGAACUGUUUGCUGACUAUGCACCGUUCUGGAUAUCGCCCCGUUGUGCCAUUCCUGUGCAGCAGUUGCGCGAGCUUAUAGUACUGUGCCGGGGAAAAGUAACCGGAAAUGCUUCGCGAGCUAAAUUUCUGGUCGUAGAACCGAACGACAGUGAUGCGGCACCGAUUGAAGGACAGAUUGCCGUAGCCGCGUUGUGGAUUCUGGACAGUAUUACCCUCAACAAGGUAAAGAAGCUGUCCAGUAAAUAUCGUGUAGAGUAA